UUUUUAUACUGUUUAAACAAUUUUUUUUAUCAUUCAACCUCAGUCCUCAGUGCGUUCACGUACACGCGGACACGGUAGUUUUGCGUUGCCCGCGUGCGUUAGCCGGUGUGUGUGUGUGUGUGUGUGUGUUUAAUAUUAUAAUAUACAUUAUACCUACAUUUUUUUUUUUUUAUCAUCGUUUCGGAUGACAACGAUAACGAUAAUAGACAAUAUUAAUAAUUUAUUGUAUUUGGCAUGCCCAAAGAGAGUGCCGCCGCUCAAGUCAUCCCCGUUUAGGAUAAUACUCUGGUGACGAUGAUGAGCUACAGGACGCCGAGGGAACACUUCACCGAGGGAGGAGCCGUAGCCGACGAAGUGUACGAGGGCAGACCGUGCUUGGAGUGCCACGACAAUUGUUCGGGAUUCGUGCCACACCUGUGGAGGAAAACAUGCGGAAGCUGCAAGUGCACUAAAGACUCCCACGACGUACUGCACGAAGAGUGGGUUAACGUGAGGGACCGGCUAGGAUUCAAACCCGUCCAAGAUCCCGACAAGAGGGUCUCCAAGGAAAGGUCCUACAGUCAAGGAUACUCGUGGGUACCUCCCGGUUUGCCUAGUCAUAAGGUAGAAAAAUACUUUAACAGUCUACCGUCCAGUAAAGUUCCUAAAUUAGGCACGACCGGUGAGAAAUAUAGAGACAAGCAAGUAGUGGUUCAACUUCCGAAACAAGACUUAGCCUUGACAUACUGCAAACACGUGGAACAAAGGCACCAUCAGAGCUACGAUGACUUUAUAAACGCUAGAAAUGAGAUAGCGUUAGAUAUUGGAUAUGCGAGAGAGUGCACUUAUCAUGUGGAAUGUCCCAAGUGUCAAAAAAAUGUAGAGCCCGGCGAAAUAGGAGUCUUUGCAUCGAAAUUCGGCGACACCGUGUUAUGGCAUCCGUCGUGCUUCACGUGCACCGAAUGCCAGGAACUUCUUGUCGACUUGACUUACUGCUUGUACGAAGACCAUUUGUACUGCGAACGCCAUUAUGCGCAACAGUUCAAGCCCAGAUGUUCAGCCUGUGACGAGCUAAUUUUCAGCGGAGAAUACACCAAGGCGAUGAACAAGGACUGGCAUUCGGGGCAUUUCUGCUGUUGGCAAUGCGACGAAUCGUUGACCGGCCAGAGAUACGUGCUCAGGGAUGACCAUCCAUACUGUAUCAAAUGCUACGAAUCCGUGUUUGCCAACCCGUGCGACGAAUGCGACAAGAUCAUCGGCAUCGAUUCUAAGGAUUUGUCGUACAAGGACAAACAUUGGCACGAGGCAUGUUUCUUGUGCAGCAGAUGUCGCGUGUCUUUGGUGGACAAACAGUUUGGAUCCAAAACCGAAAAGAUUUACUGCGGCAACUGCUACGACUCUCAGUUCGCUGCUAGGUGCGACGGAUGCGGAGACAUCUUCCGUGCAGGAACGAAAAAGAUGGAAUACAAAACCAGACAAUGGCACGAGAAAUGCUUCGCCUGUGUAGUGUGCAAGUCGGCGAUCGGCACCAAGAGCUUCAUACCCAGGGACCAGGAAGUGUACUGUGCUACUUGUUACGAGGAGAAGUUCUCUACUCGCUGCGUCAAGUGCGACAAGAUCAUUACUAGCGGCGGUGUGACGUACAAAAAUGAACCGUGGCACAGGGAAUGCUUUUCGUGCAGCAAUUGCAACUCUUCAUUGGCUGGACAACGUUUUACAUCUAGAGACGAGAAACCUUACUGUGGCGAUUGUUUCGGAGAGCUUUUUGCUAAGAGAUGCACUGCAUGUGUCAAACCAAUAACAGGAAUCGGCGGCACUAGAUUUAUCUCUUUCGAGGAUCGUCACUGGCACAACGACUGCUUCAUCUGCGCCUCGUGCAAGACUUCUUUGGUCGGCCGAGGGUUCAUCACCGACGCCGAAGACAUCAUCUGCCCGGAAUGCGCCAAACAAAAGCUUAUGUAAACCACCACUUGCGGCCACCGACAAUCAACCACUUAAUUAUUUAUUUAUUUAUUAUUUAAAAAAAAAAAAACACACCAUCUGUUUCUUUUCUAUUUGGCGUACACCACAAGCAUUAUUACCAUUAAUAUAUUAUAUACUAUUACAGUUUUUUUUUUUUUUUUUUGUUUUCCAAGUGCGCCUUAACUACACACAAUAAAUAUUUAUAUAUCUAUAUAUAUAUAUAUAUAGCUUAUAGUAGCUUUUUUGAUAUUAUUAUCAUUGUUAUUUUCAAACGUGUACGAAUCAAAGAUCACUUUGUGCCUUAAAAUGAAAUUAAAAAAAAAAAAUUAUAUAGAAUUUAUUAGGCGUUUGUGUUAAGGUAAAAAACUAACAUGUAUUAUGUAAUUAUAUAUGUAGCUGCUGAGAAAUUACUAAAUAUUAUCAUAAGCUAUACGGUUUCACUAACUUUGUUUUAUUUAAAAUUAUAUUAUUAUUACUAUCCUAAAUAAUAUUAUAAUAAUAUAAUUAUAUAAUAAUAAUUUAAUUAUUGUUAUUAUUAUUAGUUUUGUUAAGCGUAAGUCUACUAUAAAAACCGACAGUCGCACAACAACAAUAAUUAUACCACCGUUUUACUUUGUUUGGUUAUCCAAAAGUAUUAUUUUAUAUGAAUGUAUUGAAUUUUGUUUUUUUUUUUUUUUUGUGAUCAACUAGUCAGGUUUUAUUGAAAAAUUCUAAUUUUGUUUUUGUUUUAACACUACAACAAUACUACAUUUCACGGGUACACUGUAAACUGAAAAGAAAAAAAAAUUGUGGCCUUAUCAUUACCGUCCUCGUUGUUGUAGGCGUAUCCUGUUGAAAACCAUAAAAAUACAUUUAUUUAUAUUACCGCCGAAAUAAUAUAUAUAUAUAUAUAUAAAGCAUGUACCUAACAUAUUAUUAUAAUAAUAAACAUAUUUUGUUUUACGGCUAUUUAAUUUUAGUUUUGAAUAAUAGUGUGUACACGUUGUAAGAGUUUAAUUUAGUCGAAGCAAAAAAAAAAAAAUCGAGCACAGAGCUGUGAAAUAUGUCACCUUAAAAGAAAAUAUAAUAUAAAUUUAUUAUUCUUAUUCUUAUUAUUAUUAUUUUUGGUUAAAAUCAAUAAUCCAAAAGGUGAGCAUAGUCGUUUGUAUGUAUUUUUGAUUAUUAAACGUAAGAUACAUUUUUUUUUUUUUUGUAAUAGAAUAUUAUUAUUAUCGUAACGCGUUAUCGAUUCGACUAACAACACUCGGCUAAUAUUGAUUCAUCACUUAUUUAUUUAUUACUUUAGCCAUAUAUUAUUCUAUAUAUUGUACUUAACACCAUUAUUAUUAUUAUUAUAUAUUAUAUUUAUACACAUAUUGAAUUUAAUUAUAUAUUUUUUCGCCGUAUUCGAUACUUAUUAUUAUUAUUAUGCAGUUUUAUGUGCGUAGGUUAUUUUUAAUAAUAUUUAUAGUGGUUAUUUAAAUGAAGAAAAAAACCGAAUAAAUCAUAAACUAUAUGAUAUAAUAAUAGUUAAUAAUUUUUAAACGAAAAUAUUUUAUCAGUGUUUAAAGCAAUUAAUAAUGUUUAAACGUAGCGAUUUUAUUAUAUAAUUAUAAUAAUAAUAUAAUAGUAUUAUAAACUGUAACUAGGUAAAAAAAAAAUUAUACAGUUGAUUCAUUUUGGUGCUAUGGUAAUAAUAAUAAUCGUUAUAAAUAUUAUAUUUUUUGCUGUUAAAAAAAUGAUGUUUAUCGCACGAUUUGGCGGCAUUUCAUAUAAAUAUUAUAUACUAAAUUAUUAUUAUUAUUAUCAUUAUUGUUUAGUCGUAUUAGAAAAUAGAAAUUAAAUAUAAUAUCAUAAGCUUAUAUUGAUUUACUCUUGUUUAAGUAUUACCUAUUUAAAAAAAUUAUACACUAAAUUAUUAUAUUAUUUCAAAUUCACGUUUUAACGAAAAAUAUAUUAUCGUAUGUUAUUGUAUUGUUGA